UCGACCAACGCCGAAACAUCCAAGAACAUGAUAGACAACGUCGUCGUUUCGUUUUAGUUCUGAAAGCUACGAGAAUAAACCACGUCGUUUCAUCCAGGUCCAUGGUUACAAAAUAGUUUUUCUCCUCUGCUACAAACUUUUCUUCUACAAUCUCACAUCAAACUUCACUUGUUUCAGAGGAUCAACAAUCAAAAAAGAAAGGAUUUGAAAAUGGAGGAAUUAUUUGUUGCAAUUAUCUCAAUGCUACUUGUUAUUUCUCUGAUUCCGUUAUAUAUAUGGAAACGCCGUCAAGAUUCUCGAUCAGCUGACCUGCAUCAAGAAGACCCUCAGGUUCCACAGAGGGAAAAUGUGGUGCGCGCCACUGGUGCUCGCCGAAUGCGUAGAAGACCUGCAGCUGGUGCUGCUAGCAGCUCAUCUAGACCUGCCGAAGCACCUCUUGAAGAAACUUUUGAUGAAAGUGAUGAUGAAGCUGCUGCCGAUGAACAAUACGAGGCUAGAGGUUCACGAAAGAAAGACAAGAAGCGGCAAGAGCGGGAAGCUCAAAGACAGGCUGAGGAAGCUGCUCGUGGAUCAAGGCAGACUAAGCAAGAUCGCUAUGCAGAAAUGCGGAGAAGGAAGGAUGAAGAGCAUGAGGCAAAGGAGCGUAUGCUGGAAGAAGAAGCCAAGGCUCGGAAGGCCAAAGAGGAGGAAGCCGCUGCAUUAGAGUUUGAAAAAUGGAAAGGGGAGUUUUCGGUUGAUGCUGAAGGAGCAACAGAAAGUGAAGCUCAAGAUGGAAAUCAGGGUUUGCUAUCUGAGUUUGUGGAAUACAUAAAGAAACAGAAAUGUGUUCCCUUGGAAGAUCUUGCUGCAGAGUUUACAAUGAGGACCCAGGAAUGUAUUAAUAGGAUAACCUCCCUGGAAAGUAUGGGGCGACUCUCUGGUGUUAUGGAUGAUAGAGGGAAAUAUAUAUACAUAUCUCAGGAUGAAAUGAAAGCUGUUGCUGACUAUAUUAAGCGUCAAGGGAGGGUUAGCAUCUCACAUCUUGCCAGCAAGUCCAACCAGUUUAUAGAUUUAGAGCCGAAAACACAGUUUGUUGAGGAAAUUAUCAAUACAGAUGAGAUGACUGCUGCUUGACUCUGCCUGUCUCCAUUUUGCUUCUUAUCUGAGAGAAAGUUGCACUUGGGACUCAAUCCAAAGUAGAGGUAGAGGUAGAAAUUGACAAUACAUUGUGUAAAUAUCAAGAAAGCAAAGAAGACCAUGAAAAGCUCUCCAUAUCCACUAAGAGUGGGUUUGACAUGGGAAGGUUUACCAGGAUGUGGUUGUGAGCUAAAUACGAUUAUGUUCAAUGGAAGGAGACCUUUUGACAUCUAAGUGGGCAGGGAACUAAAUAUGAAAAAUUUCUUCUUUCUCAAUGGUUGUCGUCUUUGUAUAUCAUUGCCACACAAUGAAAUGGCUCACUUUUAUGAAUUUGGCCGAAUUCAGUUAGACUCUAUAAAUUCUCACUGUUCUGAUA